ACGGUGUCGUUUUUCGUUUUGCGUUUUGAUUUUUUCAACUCUGAUGUAGUCGAAUAAAAAUUGUUGGCCAGAAAAAUAAGUAGUACAAAACACCUAUAAACGCCACUGAGUAUCAUAACAAUGGAGGAGAAGCUGGAAGCCACACCAGGACCUACAAGAAAUCCCAUUGACUCCUUGAGCAGGGAGGAGUUACUUCAAAAAUACAAAGGACUUCUGGGUAUUGCAAAGAAGGCGAAACAAGCUAAAGAUGAGUUUGCGGAAGAGAAUCGUAAAUUGAAGGAAGCGCUCGUUCAAAGUGAUACUCAAAAAGAUGCUGACAAGAAAUCGCUUUUGACUAUGAAGGAGACACUUGAACGUUUUACAGAGCAGAAGCUUCAGAUAAUCGGUGAGUUCAGUGAGCUUCAAAAAAAAAGUAAAACGGACGAGGAGACACUAACUAAACUACGCAUUGAGAACGAGUCAUUGAAACGUCAGUUGAAUCGACUUAAUGAAGACAAUGAAGCUCUUUUGAAAGAUAUAGACCGAAUGGAGGAUCAGCUUAAACAGGUAAACUUUUUGGGUAUGGAGCAAAAGAAACACUUGGGUUUGUUGGAACUUGAAGUAAAUAAACUAAAAGAGGCAGAAAGUUUAAAUAGCGCACUACAGAGUAAAGUAACUAUAACGGAAGAAGAAAAUAAGGCGCUAAAGGAGCAAGAAAACGGCGUGAAACAAGCAUUGGAGGAACUCUCCCGAAAGUAUAGUCGGGUGAAGGAAAUUAACACACAACAGCGGCAAAAGUUCAACGCGUUGAAAGAUCGCUUUGUAGAAAUUCACCGCAAGCUUAAAAACUUGAAGGAGUGUAAGCGUGUGCUUUUGGAAACCCAGCAUGAAUACGCAGAAGCUAUAUCAAAGUGGCAAAAAGAAAUUAUAAGAGCCUCAAAAUUGCUAUGCGCGCAAAUGAAUGCACUGCAGUUAGAGAAUAAAGAUCUGCGGCAAAAGUUGCAAAAACAAUCAGAAAAAGUUGCUAUGGAAAGCUCCCAGCCCUUAGUGAUUAAUUUUAAUGCACUACAAGACAAUUUGCAGGAGUUGGAAAAUCUUUGUGCGCAGGUACGCGCCGAUUCUUUGGAAAAAGACGCGCUUUUAACCGAAUCGCAACGGAAAAACGAAGAGCUACUUAAAGAAAUCACAGCUUCCAAUUUGGAUGGGAUGGUUACGGCUCCCAAAGAAAAAGUGCUGGAAUUUGAGCUACUUGAAUCGGAGGUUAAACGGUUGACUCUGGAGUUGUCCGACUUAAAAGCAGUCAGUGAUCUGCGAUUAAAGGGAGGCGAAAUUGAGAAGCUCGAAGGACAUUUAGAACAUCAUGAAUUACUGCACAGACUCGAGGCAAUUGAGAAUGAACGAGAUAGUUUAAAACGGGAGUGCAAUAAAGUGGAAAUCCUCCAUCUGGAAAAACACCGCUUGGAGAAUGAAGUAGCGCAAUUAAUGCUCAAGCUAAAGGAAAGCCCAGGAGUACAUGAAGACGUGCAGCAAAUACGGGACGAACUAAAAUCGCUUAAACAUGAGAAAACCGUUCUUUUAGCACAACUGAAGCAUCAAGAAAGCGAACAGAUUCAACAAAAUCGAGCUUCAGAAGAAAGCGCAAAAGCAACGGAACAAAGCUACGUAGAAUUACAGGCACGCUAUUCGCAAAUGGAGCGCGAGCACUCGGACCUGCUUUGUGAAAUGCGCGAAUUAAACGAAGCGCUGAAGGCACGCGGCGAUGUCAUUUCGCGGCAACAGGAAAAGCAGCAGGAACUUCUGAAUGAGCUGCGAAAAACCAAUGCGAGACUGCGGCAAAUUGAUGAAGUGCUCGUGCAGAAGGAUGCAGCAAUCGCAGAGAAAGAAGCGCAAGUGCGGGAAAUAACGCAUGAGAUCGAUCUGACUCGUGAACAAACGCACCAGCUUGAAGUUGCUAGCACACGCAGCGAGGAGCAGCUGCGUGUACUUAAUGAAGAAAUACAAUCGUUGCGUAGCAACGCUGACGCACAAAGCGAGGUAUUGUCCACCUCUACAAUAUCACGCGCCGAAGAAAUGACGCGCAUGCGUGAUGUCGACGAAAACUUCGAGGAGAAAUACAACAAAAUGCGCGGCGUUGCUGUUAAGUUGAAGAAAAAACUGCAGGAGCAAACAGUGCAAAUUGAGGAGUGGGAACAGCACCAAAAAAGGCAUGAAAUGUCGAAUGCGGAACUAGAGGAACUGCGUAAACAAUUAAAAGACCUGAAGCAUGUGCACGGCGAACACCAAAAACUCGUAGAAACUUUGAAAACGGAAAAUCACAAGUUGAAGACAUCACGCAAGCAAGCAAAUGUACUUAAUCUUGAAAUUGAAGCAGCUGAAAAAUCCCUCAACGAAGCCACCAGCAAGCUUGCCACUAAAACUGCAGAAUUGGAAGCACUGAAUAAACUCUUAUCAACCAAGGAAAACACGAUUAUUCAACUGCGGAAGGAAAUCGCAAUAGUUGAGUCGGCGAAAGAAGCCGAAGUGGCACACGCUAGAGAACUAAAGGAACAAGUAGACCUGCUCCAAGAACAACUGAAGGAUGCGGUGCAUGCCAAGCAGCUGGCGAAUCAGACAAAUAAGCAGCUGGAGCAGACCCAAGAACAGCUCAAGCAAGAGUUAGAACAAAUACGUUUGGAGGUUUCAAAAUGCGCAGCUGAAAAUUCCACAGCUGUACUUGCAGAGCAGCGCGAAAAGGAGGCAGCAGAGCAUCGGUUACAACAAACGGAAGCGAGUCUUAAAGAAACGCAAUCAAAGCUGCACAACGUAGUAUGCGCCUUAGAUGACUUGCGCGCCGAACACACCGAAUACAAACAAAAAGCACAAGCUGUGCUGCGCAAACACCAGAGCACCGAUACGACGCGGGAGCGUGAGUUGACAGAGGAGCUGACGCAGUUGCGCGCUACCGAAGAACAACAGCGCCAAACGCUAGCUGCGCAAACUAAAAAACUAAACGACUUAGAACAACACACUGCCGACUUAUAUUUAGAUAAUGAAAACCUGCAGAGACGCGCACAAGAGCUAAAUGCACUGGUGGAUAAUUUGCGUCAGCAAAACGACCGUCUGUUGCUGGAGCAACGCGCCCAACUACAGACACAGCAGGAGAGCCUGCGGGCGCAGCGUCAACAAUUGGAAGCGACACAAGAGUGCCACAAACAACAAUUGCUGGAACUUGAAACCAAUUAUCAGCGACAGAUCGAGCAGCUACGUGCCGAACAGGUUCAAAGCGCACGGGUGCCGCCUAUAAUCGGUGCAGCUGUAGUAGCAACGACAAACUCAUCAUUAAUUUACGCGCCCACCUACAGUGAACCAAACCAAAUGCAGCUGCUAAUGCUGGCUGAGCGCGAGGAUGGCGAAGGCUCAGAGGAAGCUACUUUGACUGCGAACAAAAGUACCGUCGCUGUAACCGUUGCCGGCAGCAGUAAUACGCAAGCCAUGCGUAAAAUUUCCAGCAGUUCACGGCGUUCACAGCACGACUUUAUGCCAUUAGAUGAAUUGUUGAAUACGCCGAUGCAUGCUUUCCAAACUGACACAGUAACCACGAUAAGUAGUAAUAGUCUUGGGCGCAAUAACAGCGCCGUAUUUGAAUUGAGUGCCGGCAAUAGCAGCGCAGAUAGCUUACUUGUGGAAUUAAAUGUAACGCGGGAGCUUUUGGCAAAACAAGACAGUCACGUGCGUCAUUUGACGGCGCUUUUAGCUGAAAACGAACAGGAUUUGGCAAAGUUGACUCAGAUGAACGAUAUGUUGAAGGAAGAACUACGACGGCAAGAACGUGCUGUUGAACGUGAGAAACAUAUGCACAAUGCCGAGUACUUGAAGAAUAUCGUGCUGAAGUUCCUUACGUUGACCAGCGGUGAUGAGCGUGUACGCCUGGUGCCAGUUCUCAAUACCAUACUUAAAUUGAGUCGAAACGAAAAAGAAAUUCUAAACUGUGUGGCGAAAGGACAGAAAUUACCCACGGAAUCACAGGGGCGCAGUUGGGGUAGUUUUCUUCCAAUUUUCGGUGGUACUGGUGGUGGUGGUGGCAAUAAUAAUUGAAA